UUGGAGAGGCGCUACGCGCGCAGGUGGAUUACUGCGUUUCCGCGUUUCGCGGCGGUCGCUCGCUCCAGAGUUCGUCGUCUGCUACUGCCACGCCUGUUGUCGCGCUCUUCCGGCUACUCCCCUGCAUAACUGCCGCUCGGUGCGCGCGACAGAGAGAUCAACGACUCCGGGGGCUUUACAACGCGGGUGAAUCGCCGUGGCAGUGUUUCACGUACGCGCCGCAAGUGCUGUGUGUUGGUGACCUCCGCUGAGCUCGGCGCAUGUGUGGGAUUGCAUCGCCGUUCUCCAACGGGACCGCCGCCGACCACCAUCUGACGACGGCGUGCCUGGCGCCGGUGGUUCUCUUCGGCCAUGAUACGACGUGACUAGACCCUACGCGACCCGUGUUCCUCCGCACCCAGCUUAUUGGUUUUGCUUUCAACUUUUUUUUUUAUUAUUAUCGCUCGGGUACCGUUAGUGCGGACGCGUGUUCUCAGCAAGCAGGGGGCCUAGUACGGUGUUUGGCGGUGCUGGUUUACGAGCUUUCCGCGCCGAUGCGUGGGCCCCCCAGACUUCGGAGUGCCGGCGCUCUGGAUUCCCGCAGCCCUCUACACAUCUGACCUCAGCCUAGCGACGAUAACUGUCAAAUGUCUUGGAGUAACAGCUACACUAAAGUCGAGGUGGUUCAGCCCCAGACAUCGUCCGGCUCCAUCAAAGCCCAAAUUGAGAUUAUCCCAUGCAAAGUCUGCGGCGACAAAUCUUCUGGAGUCCACUACGGCGUUAUCACGUGUGAAGGCUGCAAGGGUUUCUUCAGGAGAAGCCAGUCAAGCGUCGUGAAUUACCAGUGCCCCCGGCAAAAAAACUGUGUUGUUGAUCGCGUCAACAGAAACCGAUGCCAGUACUGCAGACUACAAAAGUGUCUGGCACUAGGAAUGUCUCGAGAUGCGGUCAAGUUCGGCCGCAUGUCCAAGAAGCAGCGGGAGAAAGUGGAAGAUGAGGUGCGCUUCCACCGGGCACAGCUGGUGCGCCCGCAAGGCGGAGCGGUGGCCUCGACGGCCGCUGCCACAUCGACGCAGCCUACCCAGCAGGCCACCGAGACGUCGCCUGACAGCUCGGUCUUCGACCAGCAGCAGACACCGUCAUCCUCAAACCAGGUCGUGCCCUUCCUCAACGGAGGAUACCCUUACUCCGAGGAACUGGCGUCGUACACACCCAACGGGUACGCGUACGCCGCCACGGCCACUAUUGCUUUUGAGAUGAGCACCGACUACGUGGACAGCACCACGUUUGAGCAGCGCCAGCAACUGGACUCCACAGCAGACACCAAUGGUCUCCUCUCGACCACCACGCCUGUAGCCGCUGUGCCGGCCUCUUCCCUCGCCUCGCAUCUCGAAGAUUCAGAUUUGAAAUCGGCUUCCCAAGAAGAUCUGCUCGCGAAGACUGUAUCGGACGCGCACAACCGCACCUGCCUCUACAGUACGGAACAGAUACAGGAGCUGAUGAGAAAGCCACUAGACAUCUCUCGAGUCAUGCUCUACAAAAAUAUGGCACACGAAGAGCUGUGGCUUGACUGUGCUCAGAAGCUGACACAGAUAAUCCAGCAGAUCAUCGAGUUUGCCAAGAUGGUACCGGGCUUCAUGAAACUUUCCCAGGACGACCAGAUCGUUCUUCUGAAAGCAGGGAGUUUUGAGUUGUGCAUACUGAGGAUGAGCAGGUACUUUGACGUGGCAACAGGAUCGGUGCUCUACAAUGACAGUCUGCUUCCGAUGGAUGCUUUUAUCACGCAAGAAACCCAAGAGAUCAAGCUUGUAAAUAAUGCCUUCAACUUUGUGCGGAGCAUAGCUGAGAUGAAGCUCACAGAGACGGAACUGGCGCUCUACUCUGCCUAUGUGCUGCUUGCUCCAGAUCGGCCAGGCCUGAAGGGCAUCUCGGAGAUCCAGCGGUUGAACGCGGCCAUCCUCAAGUCUUUGCGCUACGAGCUGGGCAAGACUCACGAGCAGCCGUACAAGGGCGAUGUGAGCGCCUUUGACUGCCUGCUCGCCAAGUUGUCCAGCUUGCGCGAGGUUAGCCUGCUGCACAUGGACGCCCUGGCCAAGUUCCGACGCACAGUGCCCCACCUCGAGUUCCCUGCUCUCCACAAAGAGCUCUUUUCUGUCGACAUCUGAAGCACCGGCUGCUGGCCCAGCUGCAAAUGCCAUGUCUUCUCCGGAUUGUUGCUUCUGUGCCGCAUUAAAAGAAACUCCGGAGACCGCUGAGGUGUGCCUUUCGACUCUGACUUUGGGAAAGUCACGGUGGCAUAAUGUUGAGAAGCGGUUCAAAUGAUAUGCCCUAUCCAUGCCCAGCUGCUUCACCUGUUAGCCGGCACAUUAUUCAUACGUGCCCUUACAAAUGACUAGCCGGGUUAUAGCUCCGACAGGAUAACGUGUCUUGGCACGACCAAACUGCCGCUUAAUAUCAAGGAACGUGGCUCUGAUGAAAUGCGGCUCCAGUCGCCAGUGUUUCUUUCUUAGCUGUGUGUUGUUCUUGUCUGUACUCCAGAGAAUUGCUGCUGAAUCUGACAAAAUGGCACCAGUGCUAAAAGCAAGCUCUAGAAGGAUCAUUGCCCGAGGAGAUGCACAACCGCUGUUUUAGCAUCAUUCUGGCGGGUUUUACAUGGUAGGCGAACGCAAAGCUGUGAAUCUGUGGGAUAACCUCUCGCAAGUUGAUUUUCCUUUUUGUCUAUUAGAAAACUGCCGGAGAAGACGCAUCUUUAUCAAGCGCCUCCUCUUCUCUGUUUGCUGUGGCAAUCACAGGCUUGACGCGUGAUUUAGUUAUGUUCAAAUUGCUGCAUUCGCUCGCACAAGUGGUAUGCCAAAUGUGAAUCUUAUUGCAAUUGAUUUCAGGAAUUGCAGGAUGAAUUGUUAUUGUAGUUUGAGGAUCAAUGAUCUGCACGAACUCCUGUUUUCUUUUUUUAUAUUUUUACUGCUAUGAAGCGUACAAACCUGUUUGAUAGUAUGCAUGUUUUUUUACACAUCAGAGCUCAUUCAUUUGACAUUGAUGGUUUGGGCUCAGUGCUGCAAAACUGUACACGAUUCUUUUUUUGAAUUUUAGCAGAAAAGCGUGUGAAAUGAAGUGAGAUUUUCGCGUAACUUGCAACAAGUAAAUGUGGAUAAAUUUUCUUUUGACAUUUCUGUGCGAAUAAUGCAAGAAGAAGCUGCUUAGUCAGUAUUUUAUAUUUCGAACAAUCAUCAUGCAAGAGUUUUAGCGUAGUCAGCAUCUUUAUUUACGGUGCCUGGCUCAACAACCAGGCAGGGCUCCUUAGAAGGCAGCGUACUUUUUUCAUCAUACGUCAUCGAAGCUUGCAGGUCAGCCAUCGGGUCAUGUUCACUGCUCCACGUAUCGUCAUCAUUGCAUGUCAUUUCCACUCCCCACAUCGACAACACUGCCACCAUUUUUUCUAGUCGAUUGUGGGGGGCAUGUGCAAAUUGCAGCAGCUAUCGCACAACUGUGUGUGGUCGACUAAGAGGAAGUCAUGGUGUGUCCGCCGACCCUUAAGGAAGUACGCAGCUGGUUGAAAGGGAAUGGUGCUUUCUUAAUUGCGAAGAUGCGACAGAGACGGAACAAAGAAUCAUGUCGUGGUGCGUUUUGUCUCGUCAGGCACGUUGUUGAGAUUACUAGCCUUUUUCUUGUUCCAUUUUCCCUUGUCGCAUCUGUGCAGAUGUUGUUCGGUGUCGGGCGUUUUCUUGUUAUGCCAUCAGUGUUUUUACGAGCUCUUGUUCUCGCUGUAAGAGAAGAAAUUGCCUGCUAACUUUGCGGAAGAUGGUCGAAAAAAGCUUCAACACUCUCAGAAACACAUCAACACACAAAUGCAAGCACACAUAUUUACACACCCAUACAUGGAAAGUUUACUGUACAUAACAAUUCAUUACCACGUAAAGAAGCUCAUCCAAGAAAUUUUGUUUCUUUUUUUUUGUCGCUGAGAUGCGUACUGGGUUAUCAUAGAUAGAGAGAAAGAAUGAAUAAAAAAGAGAGCGAGAGAAGCAAUAAUGUGAUAUCUUACAUGACGACGACACUCCGUAUACAAAAAGAAACACGAAAGAGUUCCGGGCUGACCCUUGUACAUAUUGCGCACUUUCACGACUGGUCGAUCUCCAUAGAUGUGUAAUUACUACCAUUAUUAUAUAUUAUUCUUCUCUGAUCAUGUGACGAUGCACUAACUGUAUUUCUCUGUUUUGAAAUGCUGUUAUCCUGUGUUUUCAAAGCUUGUUAACAACGCCCAGGAAAGUGUUUGCACGCAACCCUGUUGUGGACGCGUGGAUGCGAUCGGUGCUAGAGGGCACCAGGUGCUCGUGCGCACUUCUCGUUUGGUGUUAAGCACGUGCCUUGCUGCUCUCGUGUGCAGAGAGUAAAACUUGUGUAUAUUGCUUCUCUGUGGAUGUCGUCACAUUCAUAGCACCCGUCCUGUUAGCGUUUCCUGCUGUACUUAGAGCAAAAACGUCACUGUCCACAUUGCAGCUAAAUGUCCAGCCUGCGUGGAGCGUCGGUUAGCUGCAUAGGCAAUUCCAAAUGUAGGCAUGGCGAGCGCCUAAAUAUGAACUGUGGCGAUUCGCCAAAGCUAAGGUCGAUCCUCGGGACACCUGUGCAACUAUUGUUAUGUGCCCACUCGCAGGUGAAACCCCGAUAAUUAUGCGAUAGCAGGGGGCGAACGUUCAUUCACCCCAUGACUGUGAACAGUCAAUUAUUGGAUAAUAUUUUUUCGACUUCCUUCGGGGUUUUUUUAAAUUUAUUUAUUUAGUUCAAUAUUUUCUUGUGACAGAAGACAAUGUUGAGAAGUGUGCACUGCGCCUGGCUGCCCAGUUCGUCAAUGUGGACGAGGUUGUUUCAUGAACUGCUGUUAAUGACUGACGGCCUCCAAAAAUUUUUUCUACUUGUCGUUAAGUGGUGCAGUAAUUCGUUAAACGAGGAUGAAUCAAGUAAAUAUGUAGUUACAUAUGAAGGAAACGUCAAACGUUUUCGAAGACUACUAUCGUGCUCCAUCGCUGUAAAAUGCAUCUUUUCUCACUACUUGAAAGAUUAUGGUGUCUUGGUGAAAGGUUUAGAUGUUUUAGAUGGCCUAUGGUCUAACAUGUCUUUUUUUUUUUCAAAUGUUAUAUGCUCACUUAUUUAUGAAGCACCAACGCGAAUGUUCGUUUUAUGACAUGACGUGAAUAAAUGUACAUUGUAUGCCAUCCUAAUUUUCAUUCACCUGUUCUGCUCAUUUCUUUGUGUGUUUGCAUAUUGUGCGAGUUCCACAGUCUGUUCAUUGAAACUGGGUUUUUGGUGGUACCACAAGGUCUGGCUUUUAGAGUAACAAUCAUUAUUUAAGUUUGCCAUGCAAUCGGCGAUACAUCUGCGCCGCACUUUUCAAAAUUGUUCACGAAUAAGCCGGACAACCUGGAGGCACCAAAGGGCCCCCAAAUCUGUAAAUCAUGUUGUUUUUUUCUUUCUCGCCUUGUUCUCACCCACGCUUUUUUGUUUUAUAGCUUCUGAUGCUGUUAGUGUCGCUAAUUGCUACCAGCCCUGUUUUCGCCCAUCACUUUGACGGGGUCAUUUAACGCAUCUGUCACAUGUGAGCAUGCUACUAACAUGCCAUCAUAAACACAUAAGCGAGCGCAUGAUUAGAAGCUUUCUUUCGUAUAUCAUAGCCUCCCCCUUUCAGUGCAUGCUAAGUUCACGCAUGCAGGACGCACUAACAAAUGCAAAACUCUCUCUUAGCGCCUUAUUAAGCUUGUUUGGGCAUAUCGUCAGUGGAGAAUAUGUGGCGUCACAAGUAGAGCUCUCUGCUUUAAUGACGCUAUCGAUGUCGGAACACCAACACUUGUCCAUUCAUUUUAUCACCACGAAAGUUGGGCACAUAUUCUAGACUUACACGAUAUGUGUUGUUUGUAACAGACAAGGUGCACAAAGAGAUUGAAAUGUUCGAGCGACUUUCUCAUGUACAGAUGUGAGAAUGCGCUUGUUAUCGCCAGUGACAGUAUAUCGCAGGCUUCGUUGCACUUUCUUUUCUGCUGCAUCUGUCCUGUACCUGAAUAUGUGAGCGCAUUCUCUGUAACAUGCCGCUCACUAUAAAAAAUCGAGUGAUGUAGCGUUUAGGAGACAUGUUUUUACACAAAACUACUUCGAGCAGCAGUAUUAUAGGCGGGAAAAUCGUUGAGAAUUAUCAAGGGAAAUCUAAGCCCGAAUGAAUUAGUUUCAGGCUUAAAGUGGUCGAGCUCAGCCCACACUAAAGUAUAUGGGUCCAUACACCAACUGGCAAAAUUGGAUCUAGUUUUUUUAAAUUGGCUGAUUUGUAAUGAGUUAUUUAGCAAAGAUCGACCGUAAGCAACGUUGAGCUCAGAUCUCAAGCUUUCCUUGUUACUAUCGCAUGUUUUCAUAUGAUUGUUAAAGGAUAGAGCUAAAGUUCGGGUGGAUUUUUUUAAGGUUCUGUGCUAGAGAACAAAAUUUUAUAUUAAUGAAUCGUAGGCUCCCAAACUCUGAGCGCCGAAAGAAAUAAUGCAAUGCUAAAGGUUAUUCAUAAAAUGAACUACUUUCAGAACAAAACAUAAGAUAAUUUUGCUGUGACCAUCCGUAAGUACGGACGGCGGUCUGCAAAUUCUAAUUUUAUUAAAAAAUUCAUUGUGGGAAAAAUGGUACUUAAAGGGGCCCUGCAACACUUUUUGAGCGUGGUCAGGAAAUGUUGCCGAUCGGUAGAAGAGGCUAAUGUAGAGGCAAAUGUUAUAGCGCAGCAUGCGGCCUGGCAUUCACAAUAAAUGAUCAAAGUCAGCCAAAAAUUACUUUAUCUUACCUCGACAAAUGUAAAAAAAAGCUCGAAAAUCGCACAUAGAUUGCCCAUCUAUCAGCAAUUGGCUGAUUUGAACAUGGCGCGCUUGGUUGUUACUGAGAUCGUCGCGAGAGCCCGUCACGUCACUCUUUCACGCGUGCCAAGACGUACCGAGCCAAAUAUGAUGGCACAGACAUGGCAUGUAGCACGUGUAGAAAGGAGAAAGAAAAGGCUGAACGUUUGAUAAUGUUCUGUUAAGGGCUCUGCCCUAUAGUCCAAGAUAAUGACGAGGAAUUUUUCAAAGCAUUGGGGUUUAGGGACAGUGAAGGCAAAAUAGACUUUAAAUGGGUAGAAAUAACCAGGAGGAGGCUAACUGAUUAAUGAUUACAAUCGAGGCGUGAGUGAAAUCCAAUCCCUAAACACAUAGUGAUAGUACUUAACUUUAUGGCUAGUUGGCGUGAGCCACCGCCUGAUCUAAAGGGCACAGCCAGAUACAUCCAUUCAUGCGCUUGCGAUCGCAUUUAAAACGCUGCGUAUUGGAAAAAAAAAGUUCUCAAGGUCAUGAGGUGCGCGUGACUUUUUUGUUCGCCCCUCCCAUCCUUCCCUGCUUAGCUUCCAGUGCUUUGGUCUGGACGAGAAAAAAGAGAAUGCUAUUGCAGCGUGGGACAGAUCUGUGUAACUCCGCUCGUACUGGACGGUUUCUUAAAAUUUUUUUCGGCAUUGAAUUUGUGAGGCAGUACACUUUUCCAGUGAUUUAAUUCCAUGGUUACUCAAAAAAGUGUUUCAGGGCCCCUUUAAGGUAAUUUGGUUUUAAAGCCAUAGAUGCUAGAUUGCCACACUGUCUUGCAUUUCAGUAAUCCAAGAGGCUUUGUUCUGGUCACGCAUUCUAUUAAAAAAUACUGUCGUACAAGUGUCACUUAUCCUCUUGAGCUGAACUGUUCGAGGAAAUGGUUCGAGAAAAAAAAAAUGAAUGGUUCGAGGAAAAGAAAAAGGGACAGGCUCUGCAUACCUUCAGGCACUUUCUAGUGAGGCAUGACUAGAGAAAGAUACAGAAGUUAUUGUAUGACAUUUCUCGCAGCUCAGAAGCACAGCAUCGUGCAAAAGGGGGUAUCGCACAUGUCAUGUCUUGUACUCUGUAUAGCGAAAAGCUUGACAUUGGCUAUGUUUUUCUGGCAAUGUCACUUUUUUUUUGUAAACAAGUGACGACCCACGAAUAGCGAGGUAUAGGAAGAAAACUAGGGCUGGUGACUGAUCGAGGCCACGCAAUACAACCGUUACCUCCUGGUGCCAUAAAUGAGCGAGGGAUAGUGCCACCUGUGAAUUGCUGCAUAACUUGAUCAAGUCGCAGGCGCCCAGCAAGUUGCAUUCAUGGCAGAGCGCACCAGUGUAAGCCAACUAUAGACAGAGAUGGUACUAUAUUCGCAACUUAAUAUAUUGUUAUAUUAUAGAGAGUGCCUUCAUUUUCACCUGCUCGCAUGACACAUGAUCAAGCUGCCAGCGCGCCUCGAAAGCACCGCCGGCUUCAUUAAGCGUCGUCUUCUACCCUUUCCCUCAGCACGCAAAAGCUUUGUAGAUAUUUUAUGCUUAUCACUGCCACUGCGUUUACUCAUUUGCCCCUUCUUCACUGCUGUGAAUCUCUGGUCGAAUCCUGAACGAAUAGUUUCUGUGGCUUCUUUGCACCCGACCGGCUUCUUUCAUGCUACGCGGCGCUAACAACUGUUUUUGAGGGAAAAAAAAAGCUUUACAAAUACCACAUUGCGCCGCAUGUGCGAUUGAAGUGAACCAAAACUUAUCUUGUAUCUGAGUGCCUGUUGCAGCGUUGUAUGGCAACAUCUGCUGCCAGUUGCCAAGGCUUAGUUCACGACUGUGGUGAUCUUUUCAAUCCCCUAGCGUAUCAUGCUUUGCAUGCACAUUAAAAAACUUAACGGUGAUAUUUUAAUCCAGAGUCCUUCAUUACAAUGUCCUUUUUCAUAACCGGUGUGCACUAUUAAGGCCAGUUUAUUGAAAUUGAAAUUCAGUGGUGAUGUGACCUGCAAUAGGAAUUCGAGGCACUUAAGCUCUUGUCGAAACUCGUGGGCCGGGAAGCCCCUUCUGAUUGCAAAACAAGCCACAUGCUGUGUUUCUUUGGACAGCUGCACUUCUACUAACCAUUUGUUUUUAUUCUCUCUGCGUCUGACUACGUAACAGUGCUUUGUAAAUUUCUGUCUCGCAAGUGUUUCAACAUUGUUGUCCUCCUUGGCAUCCUUUCUUUGCCCCACUUCUUUGGGAUGGAACUUAUUAUUUUGACAGUGUAAUAUAUAUAUAUGAAUAAGUCAAUAAAGAGAGACGUGACACAAGAUAAAGUGUA